UCUUAAAAGCAGCGACAGUGGAUGAACAUUUUUCUGAGUGUCCUUUAUUGCUCCAAUGACACGGGUAAUCUUAUGAAAAGUAUAAAAGCAAAGUUCUGAUGAAACGGAGGCUUAGAAUUAAUUCGCUGUCAGUGGUUGUCGUUGGAAUGGAUGUAUCAGUGGAACAUGUAGAUCAGCAGGACUCUGUGGAGUCCGGCUGUCCUAGUCCGGAGAUAGUGAAAAUUUUGAAUAUGGAUUUUUUAACAAUCAACGGUCGUUUCACGCCUAGAUCCGGUAGAUCGUCAGCAUGUUCGACACGAAGUGCCAGCGUGUGUCCCUCGGAGGAUAUGAAUGAGGAUGAUGGUGAUGAUGAUACAGUUCACCCACUGAAUGGACCGCAAUUGGAGUUUAGUGAUAGUCGGGCUACUCCUGUGUUUACCUGGAAUCCGCUGCCUACUGCUAGCAGCAUUGUGUACGCGAAGCGUAAAGAUAGUGAUGUGAAAUUCUUACGGUAUGACGGUGAUUCCUCCGAUACCGGAAGUUCAGCGGUGAGUGAUGCUGAAGAAGAUGACACCAAGAAGAGCGAAGAAUUGUACCCGAAUUGCGAUGUUAACGUUUGGUUGCGUUCCUGUGAGAAGGAAAUUGUUGAGCCCAUCGAGGGAUUGGUAAAAGGUGCUAUACCGGAGUGGUUGAACGGGAGUCUUUUGCGCAACGGUCCGGGAAGCUUGAAAGUUGGCGAAAUGACGUUCAAUCAUCUGUUUGAUAGUUCCGCAUUGCUACACAGAUUCAACAUUGAUAAUGGGCAAGUAUCCUAUCAAUGUCGCUUCCUGAAAUCUGACGCAUACAAGCGAAAUAAGGCGGCCCAACGCAUUGUAGUUACCGAGUUCGGCACCAAAGCGGUGCCUGAUCCGUGUCAUACCAUUUUUCAUAGAAUCGCCUCACUUUUCCGCAAACCGGGUGAAAACAACUCGGACAACGCAAUGAUUUCCAUCUAUCCUUUCGGUGAUGAGUACUUUGCCUUCACCGAGAGUCCCAUUAUUCACAAGAUCAAUCCGGAAACGCUGAAUACCGAAUCGAAGUUGAAUGUGUCGGACUACGUAGGCAUUGUGAACCACACCUCGCACCCGCAUGUGAUGUCGGACGGAACGGUCUACAAUCUUGGCUGUUCGGUGACAAAAACGGGUCCCGCUUAUACGAUCCUGUGUUUUCCGAAUGGGGAGCAUAUGUUCGAGAGUGCUCAUAUCGUGGCCUCUGUCCCAGCGCGUUGGAGAUUUCAUCCCGGUUAUAUGCAUACCUUCGGCAUAACGGAGCAUUUCUUCAUCAUCGUCGAGCAGCCGCUCAGUGUUUCCGUUCCAGCCAUGUUGAUGAAUCAGAUGAUUAACGAACCGAUGGCAGCUUCACUGAAAUGGUACGAUAAUGAGCAGACCUAUAUCUACUUAUUGGAUCGUGAUACCGGAGAGUUGAAGCAUACUUAUCACGCAGAGCCGUUUUUCUACCUCCACAUCAUCAACCAGUACGAAAAGGAUGAUCACGUUGUGCUGGACAUUUGCUGCUACAAAGAUCCAUCAAUGCUGAACUGCAUGUAUAUUGAUACGAUGAAAAAUAUGCAGCAAAACCCGGAUUAUGCCAAAAUGUUUCGUGGCCGUCCUUUACGAUUUGUGCUUCCGUUGAAUUACCAGGACACUUUUAAGCAAUCGUCAUCAACGUUCUCCGUUCCACGAUCACUGUCGUUGUUGUUCAAAAAAAUAGCAGCUGCCAGCACUGAAAACAACGAAAAAUCUGUCCUCGAUGAUAGCUUGGUACUGAAAAAUCUGGUCCAACUAGACGGCACCAGUGCCACUGCUUAUGUUAUGCCCAACGGAACGGUAUUCUGCAAACCGGAGCGUUUGUGUGAUCUCGGCUGUGAAACACCCAGAAUCUAUUACGAGCAACAUUUGGGCAGAGAAUAUCAAUAUUUUUACGCCAUCAGCUCCGAUGUGGACGCCAACAACCCGGGAACGCUAAUCAAGGUAGAUGUGAUCAAUAAAUGCCAGCUGACUUGGUGUGAGGAGAAUGUCUAUCCCAGCGAGCCAAUAUUUGUACCCAGCCCGGACCCCCAAACGGAGGAUGACGGUGUCGUGCUGGCCGCAAUGGUUUGGGGCCGCGAGGAGGAAAACCGGGUCGGACUGCUGGUGUUGGACGCGAAAUCGUUUACCGAAAUUGCCAGAAGCGAAUUUAUGACACCGGGACCCGUCCCCAAAUGUUUGCACGGCUGGUUCAGGCCAACGAUGAAGCGAGAAUAAUUGAAUGAUUAGUAGCUUUGUGCCGGCGAAGUUCAAUGUGAAAGUAGCCAGUAACGAAUCAAUCGAUUGCUUCUGACAGUCAGUUUGAUGUCUGUCAGCAGUAGCCUUAAAUAUGCAUAAAGUGGAGAAAAACAUUAGCACCUAGUCAUGUGUUAUGCUAAUAAUCAGAACAGUUUCUGACGUAGGCUUUCUCGGUUUCUAGCAAUUGCAAUACCUUUCACUGUAGUAGAAAAGAAAGCCCAAUUUGAAUAAAUUGUAUGAAAUCACGGUCA